CAACUAGUCUUUUGUGUGCUGCUGCGGCUCUCAGUCGGUUUACUUUCUUAAUAUUUGUCUUUAUUGUUGAUAUUGUUUCGUAGAAGAAAGAAUACUUCGUUAUUUAUCUGUGGUGUAUUGAUAGUCGUGAUGAUAAAAAUGUAAAAAAAAAAAAAAUAACCACCAAUAUGAUCUGCCGUUUUAUCUGUCUCUAUAUAUCAUCGCAUUAAGUUAUACAAAAGGACAAUUUUCUCGCUUGCUUCUUUUGUUAUCAUAUUUUUUAUAAAGAAAAUUUCUCAUCUACGUAUCUAUAUAAAUAAAUCUAUAUACAUGUACACACAUAUUAUACUCUAUUGAAAUCUGCUUUAUUUAACUAUUACAAUAAUAAUAGCAUAUUAUAUCCGCGUGUUAUUGGAUUUUACACAAUCAGCGAUAAUAUAUUAAAUAUACGACUCGAGACGCGGUAAGUCAAAAGUUACUAUACUGUUUUUUUUCGACGGUUCAUUAAAAUAUAUAUUUUCAGUGCGAUUGAAAAUUACCGCGUAAGGUCAAUUUUCGUUUAAUUUUGACAUUAAAUAUUAUUCGAAGUUACCACGUGUUGAGGGUACGUCUUUUAUCAAUAACAAUCGUAUAUGUAAUAAUAUCAUAUUGUUAUCGUCGUAAUUUCGUACCUGUGUAGGUAGUGCAGGAUUUUUUUAUUUAUUUGUUUUUUACACUGGUUCUUUUACUCUCAGUGACCGCGAGUGAAAGUGAACGUGUAUGCGGCGCGUGUGAGAUAGAAAAUUUAAUAAUAAUAAUACUACUUACUACUACUUCUACUACUACUACUACUACUACUACUACUACUACUGCCAAUAAUAAUAAUAAUAAUAAUAACAACAACGACGACGACGACUGAGCGCGGUGCGCGCGUACAGAAAGAAAGUGGAUACGCUCGUUCCGUGACAUUGUACAUACGCGCAGGAAUCCAAGGUAAACCGCUGCUGUUACUCCUGUUAUCGAAGUGAUAGUUUUUCGAGCGAUAUACGCGCGAAUACAAUUAUUAUAUUAUUAUUAUUUGCUCGGGCCAAGCCCUAUUUGCCGCACACACACGCGUACUCGCCGACUUCGCACACGCGCGCGGGUGAAAGAAGAAAGUGGCGGACAUUCGAGUGUGUAGGAUUUGUGGCUCGCAUUCCUCUGAUAUCCGUCGGUCUUCGUCAAAACCGUCAAUCGUCGUCGACAUCACCGUCGUCGUCGUCGUCGUCGUCGCCGUCUUCGUCAUCAUCAUCAUAAUCGUCGGAUGUUACGCAACAACAGCGAUUGUUGUAUAGUUAUCGUCGUCGUGUUGCACAGCGGUCUUACGGGUCAAUGUCGUAUCGCCGAAACGCCACCGAAACACCACGACAGAUCAUCAUCGUUUCAAUAACGUCGUUAUAGCGCUCUAUUACACUGCCACCGCGAGCGGACGACGACUUCACAUUUAACGUCAUCGAAACAAAAUAAUAUAUCGUUAUAUUAACGAUUUAUAUACAAUAUAUAAAAAAAAAAUUAUAAAAAAAUAUCGCCCGUCGAUCACGAGCGCGUUGCCAUGAGGUCAUACUCCAUAAUCGUUAGUGUCAUAGUGAUGCAGUUGUACUGCAACGGAGGCGCUUCGUCGUCCGACGACCGACAGAGUCAGCGGAUAAGUCGCGACGCGGACGGAGGCGGUGGAGGAGCCGACGUCGACAGAUCGGACGCGUACGACGGUGGUCUCCGUCGCACGGUCAACACGUACCAUCACGUCAGCGACGGCACGUCGUCUUCGUCGUCGGCCGACGGGGGUGGCGGUUGGAUCAUCGGCGGCAGCCGUCGACGGGCUUCGGCGGGCGCGCACAAGUACAUGCACCAGGACAAAGUGGCGUUUGCCGGAGAGACGGACGACAAGCGGCGAGAACCGACGGACGACAAGCUCCAGCAACAGUGGCCGGCGGCUGUCGGGUCGGAAGGCGCGUCGUCGUUGUCCGAAGUGCAGGUGGUAGUGCACCAGCCGCUGUCGCACCACAACUCGGUGACCGACGGCGACCACCAGCAACCGUCGUCCGACGCGGCGUCCAAGUGGUACUCGAAGCGGCUGUCUUACGCGACCAAGACGUCUCCGGCGGCCGCGUCCGCCACUGUUGCACCGCCUCUGCCGUCGUCGUUGCAGUCGUUGCAACCGCAGCAGCAGCAGCAGCCGGACGCAGCGGGAAGCAACGCAGUGCUGUUGGCCGAAGUGCUCGGUCAAAAGUCCGGUUUCAACACCACCGCCGGCAAGGGCGGCUACUACGGCGGGCAAACCGUCACCGGUUCCAAAGGCUUUCAAAACGAUCUCAUGGACAUGUUGGGUAAAAUGAUACCUCAGACCUGCUGGUACAACAGCAACAAAUUCGAUUGCGGGCUUAGUAUUUCGUGUGUGCUCGAGGGUGGCAAACCAGUGGACUUGUGCAGUGGUGGCAUGAUAUGGAGCUGUUGCGUGUCCAGAGACAAAAUCCAGACAUCCGGAUCUUCUUCGUCGUCGUCGUCGUCAGCCGUGACGGCAGCGUCGAAUUCGGUGGGAACAAUAGAAAAUGCCACCAUACAGUUCCUGAUGCAAUAUCCCGAAUUCCAACACCACUACAACAUGUACAUGCACCAGCAACAUCAAUAUCAGCAGCUGCAGCAACAGCAACUGCAACUGCAGCAACAACAACACCAUCACAGCCAUCAGCCCGCGACGGUGGCCAGUUACGUGGACAACUACAUCAACGACAUAAGUCCGUCGUCGCAGCCUUUCGUCGCCGACCAGACGGCCAAACCAUCGUACUAUUACCAACAAGAGCACCAGCAUUACCAUCCGUAUUACUAUCAGCACCAUCAGAGUGGCGUCGGAGGCCAUUGGCAGAUCAACGGUGGCGGGUCGGUCAGCAGCACGUCGACCAGCACGACCUUACCGCCCGCGUCAUCCAACAUGUUGUUCCACACCGAUCACGGAAACGGAUUUUAUUCCACGCAAAAACCACCGCAACUGGCGCCGUUCUCUCACAUCACUCAGAUCAGCAGCGGCAUCGUUGCCGACGAUCAACUGCAGCAGCAGCAGCAACAGCAACUGCAGCAGCAACAGCAGCAACCGCAACAGCAACAGAGUCAAUUGUUGCACUACAUGCCGUCCGGAUACCGCGGUUGUGGAGAAUUAUAUGCUAGAAGCCAUAGAAUCGUGGGUGGACAUGGAUCAAACUUUGGUACACAUCCGUGGCAGGCCGCUAUCAUCAAGUCAGGGUUUUUGUCAAAAAAAUUGUCGUGUGGAGGUGCUCUUUUGAGUAAUCGAUGGGUAGUUACUGCUGCACAUUGCGUGGCCACUACGGCGAACAAUAAUUUAAAAGUACGGCUUGGUGAAUGGGAUGUACGAGAUCAAUCAGAAAAGUAUGCACAUGAAGAAUUCAACGUGGAGCGAAAAGAAGUACAUCCACAGUACAGUCCUACUGAUUUUCGAAAUGACGUCGCAUUAGUCAAAAUUGAUCAUGACGUAACGUAUAAACAGCACAUUAUUCCAGUGUGUUUGCCUAGCUCAGCAGCUAAAUUGGUUGGCAAGACAGCCACUGUAGCUGGUUGGGGUCGUACUCGACAUGGUGUUGCAACAGUUCCUACGGUUUUACAAGAAGUGCAAGUUGAGGUGAUUCCAAAUGAAAGAUGCCAAAGGUGGUUUCGGGCUGCUGGUCGAAGGGAAACGAUUCACGAUGUGUUCUUGUGUGCUGGUUACAAAGAAGGUGGUCGAGACAGUUGUCAGGGCGAUUCUGGCGGUCCUUUGACAACGAUGCUGGAUGGACGGAAAACUCUAAUCGGAUUGGUCUCGUGGGGAAUCGGUUGCGGUCGUGAACAUUUACCUGGAGUGUACACCAAUGUACAGCGUUUCGUACCAUGGAUCGACAAAGUAAUGGCGUGAUAAUAAUAUACGGGUUUAUAAUAUUAUAUUAUGCAAACAUUGAGCUAUUAAAUUUAAAUCUAUUUAAUGUUAUUAUAAAUUAUUCAUAUUUAUAAGUUGUUGUAACCAGGUACAAUUUACCAUUGAGUUAAUUUAUUUAUUUAUAAAAUUAAACUUAUAAUCUAAAUAUAGUAUUUAUGUAAUAAAUGUAUAUAAUUUGCAAGCAUAUUGCAAUACAAUUAGAUAUAUAAAAAAAAUCUAGUAAUAGUUAUUUAUCAUUAUAAUUUUGUUAUUUUCUCGAUGUCGAAUUGUGCUAUUCUUUAAUUUAAAAAUUUCUAUUUUCAAUUUAUAUUCAUCAUUCAUGUAAAAUAAAUGUGUAUAUAUCACCUAUAUUUAUAUGUUAACGAUAUUACCUAUAUGUAAAUAAUACAUUAUAAAUAUAUAUCGAGAUGAAUAAUAUAAUAUUAAUCAAAAUAAUAAAUGUAAUUAUUUUAUGUAUAUGCGUCAAAGGUAAUAAUAAGAUAAUAUAUAACAUAUUCAUUUAUAAUAUAUAUAGGUAGGUAACUG